CAAGACAAAGAUGCUAAGGAUUUACUUUGUUAAAAGCGAAAGAACACAGCUAGCCAGUCACCCCGAUCUCCAGAGAUCCAGACGUAAAAAUUCACCGAAUGGUCUCUUAGCUACAUUAAUUAGUUUUUGUAUGUCAUAGAGUAUUCUCUUGCCUUUUGAAUCCAUAUAGAUUUAGCGGUUGAUCUAUAUAGGGAAAUAUUGGGUUUUGACGUUUGCGCCAAUCAAGUAGUUGAUUAAAUUUGGAAAGCCAUGAAGCAUAAAGAUGGGAAGCCCUUAUACAAACCAGAUUCAAGAAAAGUUCCAAUGGCGCUAAUACUUGUUGUGCUCUGUGGGUUUUCGUUUUAUCUCGGUGGGGUCUUCUAUUCCGGCAAGCAGAGUUUGUUAAAUAACAACAACAACAACAACAAUGAUGGCAGCAAGGAGGUUGAAUCUCUGGAGGUUACUGCUGGUGGCUCACUGCAAAAUGCCGACACUUCGUUUCCUGAGUGCAGUCCCGACUUUCAGGAUUACACUCCUUGCACAGACCCGAAGAGGUGGAGGAAAUAUGAUCUUCAAAGGUUAACUUUCAUGGAACGCCAUUGCCCUCCGCCAUUUGAUAGAAUGGAAUGCUUGGUCCCUCCGCCGGAUGGAUAUAAGGAGCCAAUCAGGUGGCCAAAGAGCAGGAGUGAAAGUUGGUACAGGAAUGUUCCAUAUGAUUGGAUUAACAAGCAAAAAUCUAAUCAACAUUGGUUAAGGAAAGAAGGUGAGAAGUUUCUUUUCCCUGGUGGUGGGACCAUGUUUCCCAAUGGAGUUGGCCAAUAUAUUGAUUCCAUGAAAAAUUUGAUUCCUGGUAUGAAAGAUGGGACGAUCAGGACAGCCAUUGAUACUGGAUGUGGGGUUGCAAGCUGGGGAGGGGAUUUACUGGACAGUGGGAUAAUAACAAUGUCAUUAGCGCCAAGAGACAAUCACGAAGCUCAAGUUCAGUUUGCUUUAGAACGUGGGAUACCUGCAAUUCUAGGGAUCAUUUCUACACAGCGACUUCCAUUCCCUUCUAGUGCCUUUGAUAUGGCUCACUGCUCGAGAUGCCUUAUCCCAUGGACUGAAUUCGGGGGCGCCUAUCUUCUAGAGAUACAUCGCAUCCUACGUCCCGGAGGGUUUUGGGUCCUCUCUGGUCCGCCAGUGAACUAUGAGAACCGCUGGAGAGGAUGGAAUACCACAAUUGAAGAGCAGAGAUCAGAUUAUGAGAAAUUGCAAGAUUUGCUGACUUCAAUUUGUUUCAAAUUGUACAACAAGAAGGACGACAUUGCUGUGUGGCAAAAAUUAUCAGACUACAGUUGCUAUAAUCAUCUUGAAAGUCCUGACAGCUACCCGCCAAAAUGUGAUGACAGUCUUGAACCUGACUCGGCAUGGUACACGCCACUUCGUACUUGUGUUGUGGUGCCAAAUCCAAAGGUCAAGAAAGUACGUUUAGAAUCGCUGCCCAAGUGGCCUGAAAGGUUGCAUACCGCUCCGGGACGAGUUGUUGAUGUCCGUGGAGGAAAUGAAGCUUCUUUUAGACAAGAUGAUAGCAAAUGGAUUAAACGGGUGAAGCACUACAAGAAGUUGCUCCCUUACCUUGGGACUGAUAAGAUAAGAAACGUGAUAGACAUGAACACCUUGUAUGGUGGUUUUGCUGCUGCUCUUAUUGACGAUCCUCUGUGGGUCAUGAAUGUGGUUUCUAGUUAUGGGGCAAACACACUUCCUGUGGUAUACGACAGGGGUCUCAUUGGUACCUAUCACGACUGGUGUGAAGCUUUUUCAACUUAUCCUAGAACAUAUGAUCUACUUCAUGUUGAUGGCCUGCUCACGGCUGAAAGCCAUAGAUGUGAGAUGAAGUAUGUGCUUUUAGAAAUGGAUAGGAUCUUGCGACCAAAAGGGCAUGCUUUGAUUCGUGAGUCAAGCCGCUUUGUUGAUUCUAUUGCGGCUAUGGCUAAGAGGAUGAGAUGGAGCUGUCACAAAGAAAAUACGGAAGACGGGGGAGAAGGAAACUCAAAGGUAUUGGUUUGUCAGAAAGAUCUCUCGUAUUCUUCUUAGCAGAGUUCUCUACAUAUAUGAAAGAGAACAGCAUAGAAGAAGAGUCCUGUUUGGGUCAAGUCUCUUCGAAUAUAUAAAUUUUUCAGAUAUACCAACAGAAGAAAAGAAGAGCAAGUAGCUGCACUGGUCAUAGUCAGUAUUUACUCUACGAAUAGUUUAAAUCGUUUUUCUGGUUUUAGUAAAGAAAGUCUCAUUAAGGAAUAUAUAUUCUUUCUAAGGGCAUAUAUGACGUUAACCUUUUUGUGUUCAAUGUUUUGCUUUUUUUGUUUUUCCUCACUAUGCCUUAUUCAUGUAGUUUAUGAAAAUUGGAGCUCAAAGGUAUAGUUGGACGUCAUUUGUAUUCCAUUGUGGGAGCCAAUUCGUAG